ACAAAUCAUAUGCUUUUGUGGAAUAAUCAAAUUACAAAUCAAAAAAUUGUGGAUGAACUCGAGUUUUGUUGCGCAUUUUCGCAGUGACUGCUUGCUGCUUGCUGUUGAUGCUGCCUGACGAGCACAACCUUGCUGAAGCUUGAAGGGGAGCGGGAAAAAGCCAAACUACCAGCCAAACAAACACAAAAACCACAACCACUGAACGUCAUUCACAGAUGGACGGAUUGGAGAAUGAUGACAGUCAGUUCUCUUCUUUCGAUCGUCGCACACACACAUCAGCAAGAACGAACAUGCAAUCCAUCAAAUCUGCGUUGCUGGGAACGUAUUCGUUGGUCACCCAGAUCUUCACUCCGGCAAAGCAGCCCACUGGUCUCGUCCCGCUCGAGGGCCGCGUCGCCAUCGUCACUGGAGCCAACAUUGGCUGCGGGUUUGAAACGGCACGGAGCCUCGCUGGUCUUGGCGCGCACGUUGUGCUUGCUUGCCGUAAUUCCGAAAAGGGCGAGGCAGCCGUUCAAGCCAUUCGAAGCGAAUUUCCUUCGAGCCAAGUGGAGCUGCAGCUUCUUGAUCUGCAGUCGCUUGCAUCCAUCCGCGAUUUUGCUCAAGCAGCCAACAAGAAAUUCCCCAAAAUUCACCUUCUGGUCAACAACGCCGGUGUGAUGGUCCCUCCGUUCGGUCACACCGCUGACGGCUUUGAAACACAGUUUGGCACCAACUACGUCGGACCUUUCUACCUGACCUUGUUGUUGCUGGACAACAUUGUUGCAGCGGGAACGCCCGAGCGUGUUGCCCGCAUUGUCAACGUCUCGUCCGCCGCGUACCAUGGAGGGUCGAUCAACUUUGAUGAUCUCAAUUCCGAGAAAUCGUACGACCGACUUGGUGCGUACGCCCAAAGCAAGCUCGCCAACAUUCUGUUCUCGGGACAGCUGCAGCAGCUGCUGACUGCACGCAAAGCCAACGUUGCCUCGCAUGCGCUUCAUCCUGGCGUGGUGAACACGGGCUUGUACCAGCACCUCCCCCAAUUCCUGCAAUUUAUCGAGCGUCCAUUCGCCAAUCUCCUGUUCUACACUGCGGCGCAAGGUGCGUACUCGUCCAUGUACGCAGCUGCGUCGUCCGAGACCGAGGCCGAUCGCGGUCUGUUUUACAGCAACUGCACCCGCACGCCUCUCGAUGCGCAUGCCACCAAUGCGGCAACCUCCUCGGCCCUGUGGAAGGCCACUGUCGAGCUCAUUCGCAGCAAGGGCUUCCAGGUCCCCGCCGCCGUGGCCAGCGAUUCCUCUGUGCAGUGAAAAAGCGCGUUUCGGCUUACUCAACAAACGAGGUUUAUUGAGCGAGCACGACGCGAUGCAUCCAUUUUGUGUUCCUGUUGUUUGUUUCCAAUGCAAGCCAUGUUGUGUCUCAG